AUGCCUACAUUCCUAGGCUUGGCAGUCAGUAUACACGCUGAUUCGAAUCCUCUGCCCGAGUAUUCGAUACAGAAGCAAUCAAAAUAUCACCGUAUCACGUCUUAUAUCCCCGUCCCACCAGCAAAGAUACCGCCUGGCGCUACCAAGCCUGAACAGUCUUCCUUUGCCAUAUCCAUCACUUUGCUCACUCCAGGUCUCCACGUGCCAUACUCGACCCCAAAGCCCACGGAAGAUGACCCCAAUCCGAAAGCCAAAAUCGUCGGCGGCCUGCCAGGACAAACAGGCGAGCGGGGCAAGUACGGUCCCACGAUAGCCCCCUACAAGCCCCUCACCACUUCGCCAAACGAGACAAUCGCUGCCUACAUAUACUUUGACGGCCGGGCAAAGGAAGAGGUUGCGACUCUGCUGCGCCGCGGCGAAGAGACGUGGGUCAACUCACGGUGGGUCAGCGUACCAGAGUCAGAAGGCGGUGGCCUGGCAGAGCGCGAGUUCCUCUUCCGCGAGGUCGGCCUGGAGAGAUGGCUAAACGGCCUGGAUCUCGAAGGCAAGGACAAGGACGUGGCCGCCAAGCUUGAGCGGAGACGGCAGCGUCUAGAGAAGAAGCGGGCGAAGCGGAGGGAGGCUAUGAACAGCAGCGACGAGGAAGACACCAAGGUAUCCAGCAAUGGUGUGCUACGCUACAGCGAAAGCAAAGACGCGCCCGUCGAGACUCUCUCAGGCAACGACGAAUUCUUCACGACCGACUCGGAUUCCGACGACGAGCCUCCCAUGCCCGAAGCAGCAGGCCAGAUCAAGGUCGCCUUGUUCCGCGUUUUGGCAUCUGGCGAGAUCAAGCGCGGCGAGUACUCUCCCCAGUUUGACGCACACGACGAUGACGAGCAGAAUGGCGGUGGCGAGGGCGAGGACGUUGACCACACGACGAGUUUCGCAAAGCCCAAGACUCUCGAUCCAAAGUCCAUCAGCACCCAGACUGUCACCGGAAUAGAUCCCCCUGACAAGCCGUAUGCGGUCUUUACAUUUCUGUAUCGCGGAGAGCGCCAAUUGCGCAAGAUGGGCAUCUUGAACACGAAAGAACCCCCCAAGAUCACGUCCCCAACGACCAAGCGAAAAUCAGGAACCCUCGACUUUGGCAGCCUGAAGCCUCUGAACGCAGCCGCCGGUACCAAGAACUUUGGCGGUUAUCGAGAGACAUCACCCAAGUCCAAGCUAAAGAAGGAAGACGCCAUGGACAGUGAUGCCGAUGACGAGGACGAUGUCAAGGUGGAGGAUAUGGAAGAUGACAAGGACAUUGGUGACAAUGGCAUGCUAUCUCCUGAGGAUGCUUUGAAGCAGGGCGAGCUCGCUGAAGGCCUCAAGCGCCAACACUCUGCAGAACCACUAGGCCGUCCUGGAGGCCCAUCUACCGACAUGUCUCCUCUUUCCACGCCAGGUCUCGACGCCACGUCAGCAGCGGAGGCCUCGUCAUCUGCGGCCCCCAAUACGACAGAAUUGAAUGACAUAAGCUCCAUUGCUUCUCCUUUCAAAAAGCAGCGAGCGUCGUUGCCCGGAUUCGAUGACAGUGUUCGAAGGAGUUUGGGACAAGCAAUAAUGGGCGCACAGAAAGAGCAUCGAGGGAAUUCGGAAAGCCACAUUCCCACAAUCGAAACGAAGAUGGAGGAGGAUGAGGAAUUGUGA